AGCCAAAUUCUGCAGAGAGAGAGAAAGGCAGAGAGCAAGAGCAAGAGCAAGGGAGAGAAUAGUCCGCCACCAGCCACCGCCACCGCCACAGUCGGACUGCCCGAACCACCGCAACUGGUUUAGCGGAAUGGGAUACAUAGGGGCACACGGCGUUGCGGCGCUUCACAGGUACAAGUACAGCGGCGUGGAUCACUCGUACGUCGCCAAAUAUGUGCUUCAACCCUUUUGGUCUCGCUUCGUUCAUUUCUUCCCCCUUUGGAUGCCUCCAAACAUGAUAACACUUAUCGGAUUCAUGUUCUUAGUCGUUUCUGCACUGCUUGGCUAUAUAUACUCGCCUCGCUUAGAUUCGGCUCCUCCAAGAUGGGUUCAUUUUGCCCAUGGAUUGCUUCUUUUUCUCUAUCAGACCUUUGAUGCUGUUGAUGGGAAGCAAGCAAGACGGACAAAUUCCUCCAGUCCAUUAGGGGAGCUUUUUGACCAUGGAUGCGAUGCUAUUGCUUGUGCGUUAGAAGCAUUGGCUUUUGGGAGCACUGCUAUGUGUGGAAGAGAUACUUUCUGGUUCUGGGUAAUUUCAGCUGUUCCAUUUUAUGGCGCAACAUGGGAAAGCUAUUUCACCAAUACCCUUAUUCUUCCGGCGAUCAAUGGACCUACUGAGGGUCUUAUGUUGAUAUAUUUCGUUCAUUUCUUCACAGCUAUUGUAGGUGCUGAAUGGUGGGCUCAACAGUUUGGAAAGUCUAUACCCUUCUUAAGUUGGGUACCAUUUCUUCAUGAAAUUCCCACAUCCAGAGCUGCGUUGUUUCUGAUGAUUGCUUUUGCUGUUAUACCAACAAUCACUUUCAACAUACAGAAUGUUUAUAAGGUAGUUCAAGCAAGAAAAGGAAGCAUGCUUCUGGCAUUAGCAAUGCUUUACCCUUUUGCUGUACUAUUGGGAGGAGUGCUAGUUUGGGACUCUUUGUCUCCAUCUGACAUAAUGGGGAACUAUCCGCAUUUAGUUGUAUUGGGAACUGGACUCGCCUUUGGUUUUCUUGUGGGAAGGAUGAUCCUCGCUCAUUUGUGUGAUGAACCAAAGGGCUUGAAAACUAAUAUGUGCAUAUCACUACUAUAUCUCCCUUUCGCCAUUGCAAAUGUACUCACAGCCAGACUAAAUGAUGGAGUCCCUUUAGUUGAUGAGAGGCUGGUCCUUCUUCUUUACUGUGCAUUCUCAGUGGUACUGUAUUUGCACUUUGCCACAUCCGUCAUUCAUGAAAUCACAACUGCGUUGGGAAUUUAUUGCUUCAGGAUAACUAGGAAAGAAGCUUGAACUCUGCCAGUGUUUCCCAGCUGUGAGUUGCAGAAUGAUGCAGCUAUGCUGAAGUUUUGGUGGGUUUUUUUUUUUUUUUUAAUAGAACAUUGAUGACAUAGUUGUCAAUGGGUUUUAGUGUUCGAGCUCCAAUUUGAUCAUCCUUACCUUUGCAAUAGAAUUUUUUUUUUUUUCUUUUAAUUUAUUUAGAUUUGUAAACUCGUUUCAUAUAAUACAAGCAAAUGUAUAACACUAGCGUGUGUGUGUUUUUUUCCUUUCAGAAUCAUGUAUAACACUGGUUAGUAGUAACCCAUAACCCAUGCAAUGUCUCUUUUUUUAUUUUAUUAAAUAUGUAAUUUGAUAA